UUCGGAAACAGCUUGCAAUGUUCAGGACUAACUGAGACUGUCGUAUGUAAUAAGCGUAAUUUAUUUCCCGUUUUGCGUUUUCUUUUUAACACUGACCGAACAGCAUGUGCCAACACACACACGCACGGCGUGGUCGCGGGGCGUGUUUUUAUUUCACCAAGGCCACUUUCUUCUGGUGAAUAUACAGCGCUGCAUUGAGUGUGUGCUGAAUUACGGGUGCUAUCUGUGUGUCUGCAUUUAGAAAAAAUGAGAGAGGGAGAAUAAAUGUUCAUGCAGCGCAGAGCUUGAAUGAAACCCGUCGCUAAACGGAUAGAAGUUCACGUACAUUUAUUUAUAUAUUCGCCGGAUCUCUCCGUUUUCUCCUCCAAGCAUCGACAUCGGGGUUUGAAGUGGUCAUGCCUUUUGUUUUAAUUUGGGAGACGAGACUGCGGAGCCAUUUGCACGAUGAUGAUGAUUCACGACUGGACGGAGUUUAAAAAAUGAGGAAGCAUUUUUUUCUAAAGAUACUAAAAAGAUAGAGGAGAGGCCUCGUCGUCCCGCAGGCCGUGGUCUUUGCAUGGGAAAAGGGAGAAGAAAGGAAGAAAAAACGAGCCUGAUGAAUAAAAAUCGAGUGAAAUGGAGCACGAGACACGCGCGUGGGGAAAUAUGGACCAUAUCAAUAAUGACGGCGGUGUGCGCGAGAACCAGAUCGAUCCGAACAAAAUGAAGCACUUCGCCUCAUGAGCAUUUAAACUGAUAUUUUUUAUUUGCAAUUUAAAGGAGAGGGGAUUCCCGUGCUUUUUGAGAGUUGCAAACAGCGCCCAAGUUCCGUGCAAGUUCUCCUCUCCGCCUUCUUGUGAUUCCUUUGAUUAUUUUACUACUUUUUUUUCGGCGGGUUUGAAUUAUUUUUGAUCCGGAUCCAUAGCGUUGAUAUUAUUCAAUGGAAUUAUGUUAUCAGUUACCGGUUUUGCCUCUAGACAGGCCGGUUCCCAAACAUGUUCUCAGCCGGAGGGGAGCCAUUAGUUUCAGCUCCAGUUCCUCUUUAUUCGGAGCCCCCGACCCGAGGCAGCUGUCACAGAGACGUGGAGCAAUCUCCUAUGACAGCUCUGAUCAAACCGCUCUGUAUAUUCGCAUGCUAGCUGUGACAAACAAAACAAUCAAACCCUCAUUCGUGUUUACACCAGGAGCUUGUGUAAUAUUCAAACAGCUGUUUUCAAGAGAUGUGAGAGUGAGAAGUCAGGUAGGCUUUGAACCUGAACGAAGAGGCUCGCACCCGUACCUGGGCGUCGAUUUCCGCACUUUGCACUCCCGUGCUGAGUCAGCAGGGUCGAUUCCAGCUCGGAGGAUCCGGAGGCUCUUUAGUUUCCAGCGACACCUGCUUUCGUCCCGUCUGCUGCGAGGAGCGCCACACCUCAACCCCCUCCACAUCCUGGACGAGGACUACUGCGGUCAGGCCAAGUGUAUGCUUGAAAAGGUUGGAAGCUGGAAUUUUGAUAUAUUCCUCUUUGACAGACUUACAAAUGGAAACAGUCUUGUCUUCUUGACAUUUAAUUUGCUGAACCAGUAUGGCCUCAUCGAGCUCUUCCAGUUAGACAUGGUUAAACUGCGUCGAUUUCUAGUUCUGGUUCAAGAAGACUACCACAAUCAGAACCCUUACCAUAAUGCAGUCCAUGCUGCUGAUGUCACCCAGGCCAUGCACUGUUACCUGAGAGAACCCAAGCUCGCCCAGUCCCUCACAUCAUUCGACAUCCUCUUAGGGUUGCUGGCUGCGGCCACACACGAUCUGGACCACCCUGGAGUCAACCAGCCUUUCCUCAUCAAAACCAACCAUUACCUUGCAGCUUUGUACCGGAAUACCUCAGUUCUGGAGAACCAUCACUGGAGGUCUGCAGUGGGACUGCUCAGAGAGACCGAACUCUUUUCCCAUCUUCCUGUGGAAGACAGUCUGAGUAUAGAGAGGCAGCUGGGGUCGCUUAUUCUGGCCACAGAUAUCAGCCGACAGAAUGAGUACCUGUCCCGAUUCAGGACACAUCUGGAUGAGAACGACUUGUGUUUAGGACACGCUUCUCAUCGACAUUUCGUUCUGCAGAUGGCUCUGAAGUGUGCAGAUAUCUGUAACCCGUGUAGACCGUGGGAACUCAGCAAACAGUGGAGUGAGAAGGUCACAGAAGAGUUCUUCCACCAAGGUGACAUUGAAAAGAAGCAUAAACUUGAAAUCAGUCCACUGUGUGAUAGUGAAGCCAACACCAUAGCCAGUGUUCAAAUCGGUUUCAUGACUUACGUGGUGGAGCCUCUGUUUGCCGAGUGGGCGCGCUUUUCAGACACGCGGCUCUCUCAGACCAUGCUCGGCCAUUUGGGCCUGAACAAGGCCAGCUGGAGUGCCCUGGAGCCCGAGGCAUCGGGGAGCUCCGAGGAGGGGGAAUCCGAACCGGGCCGAGCCACAGAAGAGCCCAGUUCCAGAGCCUUAUCUCAGGGAAGCCAAGAGUCAUGACACCCCAGCGCUUGCAAAACACCUCUACUGCCCUCAGCCAAACAUCUUACGUCACGCCACCCAUCUCCAACCAACCACUGAUGAUUUGUUUUCUUCUUUUUCAUUCGUUUGUCGAUUUAAUUUAUUUAAUUUUAAGCGCUCAUUUACCCUUCAACAUAGAGCAAUACAUAGAUACCUCAUUUGGCUACUGCUGCAAUUUUGGUUUCUUUUAAUUAUUGUGAUAUAUUUAUUUAACCUUAUUUGUUUUGGGGUUUUUUUCUAUUGGGCGUUACUAAUUCAACUCCGAUGCUUUGAUUAAAGACUGUAAGGGAAUGUGGGGUAGGAAGGAACCCCCUCCUAUGGCUUUAAAGUGCCAUUUUGAAACAUUGAAAUGCUCUGAAAGUCAUUCGAAACACCUUGAGUAUUUAAAGGAGAGGUUUUUACAACCACACCAAGAGACAAUGUGUGUGAAACCGAAUGCGUGCGAGCGUGUGUGUGUGCCAGUGGUUCUGCAAAACAAUCUUCCUCGUGUACAAAAAUACAAAUGUGAAGAGCCCAGUCCUUUUGCUGCCUCUGAAGACUGUUUACACGUUUCUAACUGAAUCAUGUUAGUUCUGUGAUUAUUGCCUUUUAAGCACAGAUGUGAAGAACCACUUGUACAUUUUAUUUUUCGAAACCUACUGCUGAUGAUCAACAAAAUCUGUUGGACUGCAACCCUGUCGACGAGACGCAUCAGAUGCCAUACAAAUGCCAUUUGUGCUCCAUUGCAUCUUUCUCUCCCCUGUAUUUCAGACAAUGUGUUGAAGGAACGUCGCUUCGUGACAGGUGGCAGAGAUGAACCCUUUUGACCAUGGAAGGAGGAUUAAUGUCACGGGACAUGUAGCUGAACGGACUCUCCAUGGAUUUUGCUCAGGGUCUCACAGACCUGCUUAUUUAGGAGAAACAAGGAAGUAAAGGUGCCUUUUGUAGGUAGCCACCACACCUCUCUUUCUCUCUCCUCUGUAUUUUGUAAAGAAAGACAAGUCCUUCUCAGAAUGUCUCGAAGCCACUCUCGUCUCUUCGGAAGACUGCUACACAAUGCCUUAAAACUAUGCACAAAGCUAAGUGACCAAACCAGCUUUCGUUUUCAUUUUAAACUCAUCGCAUUGUCUAUUUAGUGCACUGUCUGACCCUUUGCUUUUUUGUCGUGGAGAAACCUUUUUUUAAUAUAUGGAGGAGAAUUGGUUUAAUGAUUUGAUUUUUAACAUUGAACAUUCCAUUAUUGUGUAUUGUUUUGGAUUCUGUACAGAAUGGGCAGUUGUUUUUGUUUUUUUGUGCUUCUCUUGAUAUUUGGAAAGAGAAGAGGUGCUUUAUUUUAGGUGAUUUGUAUUUUUGUUGUAAGUGCUGUAAGACUGUUGAUUUAAGAAAAAAAAACUGUUUACAGUUUGUUGUAACAGCCAUUUUGGGGAGACGACCUAUGUGUUAAGCCAUUUUGUAAAGGCUUUGCCGUAUAACCUUUUGAUACAUACUUGUUGCAGUUGCAUUUUUGAUGAAUAAAACUUCACAAAAUGUU